AUGUUUUGUAAUGCCUUUGUUUUUCUACAUUUUAGGCUCGUACAUGAGCAUUUAGAUGUAAAUAGAAAAUUAAAUGGUAAUAAAAUUAAAAAAGAAAUAGGUAGGUUUGAGAGUUUAUGUACUAGCCAAAUUUCUAUAUUUUGCAAUCUUCGAAGGAAUGUGUUUUCAAAUUUUAAUAGAAAUGAUUUAAUUGAUCAAAAUAUUGUUUAUUUAAAUGUAUGCAAUAAUGAGACAUAUUAUAAUAAAGCUCAUGAAGCAAAUGAUAAAGUGAAAGUUUAUGAAAAAGAAAUACAAAAUUUUUAUAAAUAUGAUAAAUUGCGAUAUGUAGAUGAACAUAAUAAUAUAUGUUGUAAUUUAAUUAAGGACAUUUUAUUAUAUGGUGUUAAUUUAAAUGUAGAUAUUUUUAUAUUAAAAAAUUCAAAUAUUAUAUUUUUUCUUCAAAAUGUAAUAAAUAUAUAUAACCCAUUAAUUAAAAGUUUAAGGGUUAUAUAUACGAAGAGGGACUACAUGAUAACAUGUUCUUCUCUUUUUAAGGACACAUUGAUAAUAGUUUUAUAUAGCUCAAUAAAUUAUUCAUGCAUACAAAUAUAUGAUCUAGAGAAGGGAAUUUUUAAAGAAGAGAUAUCUUUGAGUGAUUAUGAUUACUAUGAAAGGAUUUAUAUUCAAAAGGAAAAUAAUUAUUUCCUUUUAAUAACGAAUAAGAAUAUAUUAAAAGUACUUGAUUCAGAGAAAAAGGUUUUUAUUUUUAAUGUAUACUUAUAUCUUGAAUAUAGCAACAUUGUACAGUAUUAUGAUUUUUUUCUAAUACUAAGGCAAAAGAAACUGUACCUCUGGAAUUUGGAAAGAACAUACACAGGAUUAAAAUUAAAGGAAAAUAUAUUGGAGGUUGAUAAAAAUAUGCAUGUGAAUUGUUUUUGCACACAUGGAAAAAAUAUAUUCAUUGUAACGUCCAAUGGGAAUUUAUACCUAUGGAAGGAUUUAGUUGAGAAAAUUGAAAUAAAGAGAUACAAUGUGGAAGAGCCUUUUGAUAAGAAUAUUCAUUAUAUACUCUACUAUGAUAAUUAUAUAACUACCAAGGGAAAUGAAUCAAUAAAAUUGUGGUUGUGUAAAUUUUCACUGAAUAACAUAUCGGGAUGUAGUUGCGUAUACAUUCAGUUUGAACAGGAAACAAAAAUUUGCUUAAAUAUUAAUAGAAUAAUUGCUCAUGAUAAUUUUUACCUGAUUUUAGAUAAAAAGAAUUGUACUAUUUAUACAUGCAAGAAAAAUAAUUAUGAAGAUAUAGGUAUAUUCUAUAAUGAUCAUAACAGUAAGAUUAAAAAUAUAUUUUGCUCGGAUAAGAAUAUAUUUAGUUUCGGUGCUAAUGGGAAAUUAUUUGAUUAUAUAAAGAAAGAUAAACAAAUUGAACGAAAUUUUUGCUUACAUAAAUUUAAGUAUUCUAUAACAUGUGUAAAAUUUUUAUACAGUGAAGAUAGUUUUCUUUAUUUUUGUGUUGGAUUUAAUAAUGGAGUCAUAAAAAUAAUAAAGUUGAAGCAUUUAUAUUUAGAUAUUAUAUAUUGUUUAAAAACAAGUAAUAAUGAAAUAUUUAAAAUAGAAAAGAGCCAAAAUUCUCAAUUUAUAAGUAUAUUAGCUGAUGAAGAACCAUAUGUUUUUUUCCUAUAUAAAUCAUCUAAAAUAUUUAUGCCAUUAGGAUAUUUAAAAAUCAAUGAAGCUCAUUUAAAAGAAUGUUUCUAUUUCUCUUAUUUUAAUUCUUUUUAUAUACUAGAUGAUAAUAACUAUAUUUUUAAAAUUGAUGUCAAAAAAUUAGAAGAGCAAAUUAAAGAAGAAGAAAUGAGUAAACAAGUUGGACAUCCAGAAGGAGAUAAAAAUAAUGAAAAUAUUAAUAUGAUGGAAAAAAGAAAAGAUAAUAAUAAAAACAUUUAUUUAAACGAUUAUAUAAAUGAUGAAAAUGGUGAUGUAAAAAAGGAUGCACUUAAUAAUAACGAGGAACAAAAUAAUAGCGAUUAUGAUUUAUCCGUAAAAUAUGAAAUAAUUAAAAUUACAUUUAAUGCAGAUGAGAGAAAUAAAAGGUUAAUAAAAAGGUACAAAAAUGAACAUAAUGAAUUAAACAUGUAUAAUAAAGAUUCAAAUAAAAUUAAUAAUAAAAAUGACGAUGGUAAUAAAUAUAGAGAUAAAGAUAAAGAAGCAACAAACGUAGAACAGGAUGGCAUGGAAGAAUUUUUUGAAGAAAUGGAAGGUUUAGAAAAUGAAAGUGAUAAUGAAUACAAAGAAAGUAACUCUUCUAGUAAUUUAUCAGAUAAUACAUAUAAUAAAAUGAAUUUUUAUAGAGAAAAAAUAAAUUUAACUCAAAACAUGCAAGAUUUACAUUCUGAUAAUAAUAAGGAUAUUUUUAUACUAAAAAAUAAAAAAAAAAAUUUGAAAAGAUACAUUGAAAUACUUUUCCAUAAUAAAAGGAUCAAAAAUAAGAGAUAUGAAAAUAAUGAUGAAUUACCAAAAAAUAUGUUAAGUUUAUAUUUAGAACGUGAUAAUAGGAAAAUAAUGUAUAAGGAAGAACGUAAUACAAAAAAUAACAACAUCAAUAUUGAUCAUAAUAAUAAUAAUAAUAAUAAUAAUAAUGGAGAUAAUAUGAAUUAUGCAAUAUUAAAACAUGAUACCAUAAAUAUAUGUUGUGUAACAAAAUCAAAAAAGUAUCGCGGAUUUUUCAUUGCUACACAAGGUGUUAAAAAUAAUUAUCUCUUUUUUUUAAAUUUAGAUAAAAAAGACAUAAUAAAAUAUAAAUAUACCGAUUCUAAAGAGGAUACGCAUAUUGAUAUUAUCAUGCCCAGAAUCAUAUACAAAAUUGAUAAUAAAAAUUUUCUACCUAAAAGGACAUAUAUCUAUAAAAUGAUAAUUAAUGAAAUAAAGGAUUUAUUAUUUUGUUUAACUAAUAAUAAUGAAAUAUAUAUUUUUUCAAUUAAAUUUUUUUUCUUGUAUUAUUAUAUAAAAAUACCUGUUCAUGAAAAGGUAAGGAAUAUAUUUAUAAAUAACAAAAAUGCUACUACUACUACUACUACUACUACUACUACUAACAAUAAUAAUAAUAAUAAUAAUAUGAAAAAUAAUAAUAAUAAUAAUAUGAAAAAUAAUAAUAAUAAUAAUAUUAAUAUGAAUAAUAAUUUUCAAUAUAUAUUCAUAUGUUUAAAUAAUAAUAAAUACAUACAAUUGAAUUUUAAUUAUCCCUUCUUUUAUCUAUUGAAUGUUAUCAAAAGAUAUCAUAUCAAUAUCAAAAAAUUCAUGCAUUCUUUUAUGAUUCCUAAUAAAAUGUUCUUGUCGUACGAUUCAAUACACCAAUAUUUUAUUGAAGAAAUACAUGAUUAUAUUGUAGAAGAGUUUAUAAAGAAGAAAAAAAAGAAAACUAAUCUCAUCCCCUUUAAAUAUGAAGAUAUCACAGAUGACCUAAAUUUCAUAAUAGAAUUGUUAGAAAUGCAUAAUGAAGAAGAAAAAAAAAACAACCAAGAAAAAGAUGAAAAACACGCACAACGGCAAAAUGAAAAGAACAAAAAUGAUAUUACAGAUAUUUGGGAUUUUAUACAACAAAAUAAAAAAGAACAAGAAGAAGAAAUAGAAGAACAAAAGAAAAAAAUUGAUUUAAUCCUAAAUUAUGAUCAAAAAAAUAUAAGCACAUUUUUUAAUAUAAAUAGUAAUAAUAUGAAAGAUGUAGAUAUUCAAUAUAGUUUAAGAGAUACAAAGGAAUAUCAAAGGAAUGAAGAAAAAUUUAGAAAAGCAUUAUUAUAUAAACAAGAUAUACAUAUGAAAAUAAAUAAACUGAAAAAAAAAUAUAUAAAAUUAAAUAAGAAAAAAAAGUUUCUAAUAGAUUUGGAUUACUCUUAUUAUAUAUAUGAAAUGUUACAACAAAAUAUACAAGAAAUUAAAAAUGUAUUUAUGUAUCAUGAGAAAGAAUAUGAUAGUAGAAUAAAAUAUUUAUCCAAUAAAUUUAUUAGAUUAAGAUAUAUUAAAAAUCCUAUAUAUGCUUUUAAUGAUAAAAGUCAUUUUUAUGCUAAAUCCUUAAAAAUGUAUUUGAAAAACUAUACAUUUAAAAAGAAGAAUAGAAAAAUCACGACAAAGGAAAAAAAGAUAAAAGAACCAAAGCAAACAUUAGAAUUAAUAACAGAAAUUAAGGACUGUUUACAAAAUUUUAAUGAACUAAGAGAAAAAAAUAAAAAUGUAAAAAUUAUAAAUAAUGAAGAAAAAAUUGAAGAAAUUUGCAUAAAAAAAAAAAUUAUAAAAAUGUAUGAAGAAAUGUUGUUAAAACUGGACAAAAUGAGUGAAGAGCGAAAGGAGAUGGACGAGCCAAGGAAAAUCAAGCACAUCAGCAAAAUUAUUAGGCAUUAUGAAGAAAAUAAGAAGAAAUUAUUAGUUCAAAUAAAUUAUAUUAAGGAAACAUUUAACCAGUAUUAUAUGGCAUUAAAAUCUCGAAUAUCAAUAAAAUUAACCCAUGUUAUAGAAGAAAUAGCAUUUCUAAAAGACACAUUGAAAACAGAAAUGAUAAAACAUAUUGAAAAUAAAGAUAAUAAUGACCAAGGAAUUGAUACAGAUAUUAAGAUGGUUGGUGAGGUACAUAUAAAAAAUAUAGUAAAUGUAAAUAAUUGUAAUGAAAACGAAAGGAUACAAUCUGAAUUAAACAAUAUGAAUUAUGAACAUGAUAAAAUAAAAAAGUAUGAAAGAUUUUUAGAACAUGUUAACAAUUUUUUUUCAUAUGCAAAUAAAAAAAAGGAUAAAAUAUAUAAUAUUAAUUGGGAUCCUUUAUUUUUUGAGAAAAAAUAUCAACACUAUAAAAAAGAAGAUGUAGAACGUACAAUAGAAUAUUUUAUAAAAAAAUGUGAUAAGGAGAUUUAUAAUCUGCACAUUAAAAGAAUACAAGCUAUACGACUUAUCAAAUAUAUAUCACUAAAAGUUAUUUCCAUAGAUGAAAAAAAUAAUAUAUUAAUAGAGCUAAGGAAAAAAGAGUUAAAAUUAAGAAGACAAAAAAGGGACUAUAUCAAAGAAAUGAAGAAUAUUGAAAAUCAAAUAAAUGUGUAUGUUGAUGAAAUGGACACUUUAUUACAAGAAAUGGAAAUACAAAAUCAAAGCCGAGAUAAGAUUCUCGAAAAGCUAAAAGAACUUAUGGGAGAUAACACCUUGUGCUAUGACAAUUUAAUAAAAUGCUUAAAAAAAAGUCAAGAUGAUUUGUCAGGAGAAAGUGAUGGGAGUGAAGAUAAGUGUAACGAAUUGGAAGCAACAAAUUCGAUUGUUGAUAUAUAUAAUAAAGAAGAAAUUGAAAGCAUAAAAAAAGAAAACGCUUCCAUUUUAAGCAAUAUAAAUAAUAUAAAAAAAAAUAUGGAACUUAAAAAAAAUGAACAACGAAAAUUAAAUAUAAAGAAGAAAAAUAUUGAAAAAGAAAUUGAAAUAAUAAAUGACGAAAUAAAUAUUAUAGAAGAUGAUAAGAAAAAAAAUAUAUCAGAAGUAAAAUUCUAUAUUACUUUAAAAAUAUCAAAAUUAAGAAAUAUUGAUUAUCUUUAUGACAAAAAAAAAUAUCGUCUCAAUUUAGCAAGCCAAUGUACAGUACUUAGUAUUGAACAAUAUAAAGAUAUUAUGACAAAAAUGGAUACGAUUACCAAAAAAAAAGAAAAAUUAUAUAUGAAAUAUAAAUAUUUAAAAAAAGAAAAUAAUGAAUUAGAAAAUAUUAAUAAUAAACUACAAAAAACUGUUAAUGAAAAAAAAAAUCAAUUGAAAAAUAAACUAAAAAAACAUGAUUUAAAUUUUGAUUUUAAUGACUUGGAAAAAAAAUAUCAGGAAAAAAAAAAAAAAGGCAUUUUACAAGAAAUCAAAAAUAAAGAAAUAGAAAAUAACAAAAAGAUUAAUAUUCUCAACAAAGAAUUUGAUCAUAAAAUGACUAUAUUAAAUCAAACCAGAAAAGAAAAUACUGAUUUAUUGGUAAAAAUUAAUGAAUAUAUACAAAUACUUAAAGAGCUAAAAAAUGAAGAAAAUUAA